UGCAUCUUCACACUAUCAAUAUCAUAUCUGAUUUCUGAUACAUUCCACCCAAUAUGUUAUGGGACACUUCUAUCUCUAUCAGGAAUUCUGUCCAAGCAGCUAGAAGAACAUCUAGUCGAACUUCAUCCGUAUACCCAGGCGCAGUCAGACACCUACGUGCCCUACAUAUCACGCCACACGAAAAGCCGUCGCCCAGAGAAAUACAAACAACAAUAGAGUCUGAAAGACGAAUACUCAACCCAGAGCGAUCAGAAACCUCAAAAUCGGGUACGGACAACGAAGUUGCCGGUUAUAGUUCCUCAUAUGAUCCAUCCGAAACAACUCCCGAAAACGAGUUAAAAGCCCUGGAUAACGAAUGCCGGACUGUGGGUAUCAUAAACCCAUUAUUCAUUAGCCCGGCAAACAGGGAUUUCAGUACAUUGCUGGAUCCGAUGGUGGGAGGGUCAGUUCAUAACGCUGAUAAGUUGGGUACCAGUGGGCGGGGAUGGACAAGGAAAGGUAAAGAGGUGCAUAUUCAAAAUGUUUCAGGGAGUCCGUAUGAUCGUUAUCAAAAGCUUCUGGAGAGUUUGAAAAAGCCCAAAAAAGUUUGACAAAUAGCAGCUCCCAGCUGGAGGGAGACUGCUGGCUGAUGGUGGAUGUAAUAGGUACUUGAGUCCUUAUGUUAUCUUUAGGUUUGCUGUUCACUGCAUGCAGUGGGCAUGUUCAGAAUGUGAUGCAAUGUGAUGUGCACAGGCCAGGUCAUCAUUGGAAAGCCAGGACUUGUGAGUCCAUCAUAGAUUCAGGAUAUCAUUCUUAAAGUCUAGUCAAUUAUAGGGGGUCCC